AUGAACCAAACUCUGCAGGCACGUCUCGGAUUUGGAUUGAAAUGAGAAAAAAGCCUUCAAAUUUUUUGCUCUCGAUUCCAGACUCGAUCUGUCUGACGUACGUGCACAAUCUGCUUCCGGUCGACAUGGAAGUGCUCAGCUGGACGCCCACACUCGUCGUCUACCGUAAUAUUCUCAGCGAGCGACAAGUCGCCGAAUUUCUCGGCUAUAUCGAUGCGCAAGAGUUGGUCAGCCAAGUGAGUGGACAGAGAACCGGCUCGGAAAACGCCUCAGUAACCCCGAGCGCUUUCCAGAAAACGUCGGAUUUCGGGACGAGCCGCGAGACGACACAUCGCCGCGCGAACGGAAGUUUCAUCGAUCACGGCGCCACCGGAAUCGCUUCGGAAGUGCACCGAAAGCUGAGCAAACGCAUUCCGGCCAUCAAUUUCGAAAGUGCCGAACUGUUUUCGGUGAGUUUCCACCGAAAAUUGCGCGGCUCACGGUCUCCCAGGGCGCUAAUGCUAAACACAGUGCGCUCAGAAAUUGCGGAGUGUCGUUGUAACUUUUUGAAAAUUUGCAGGUCUGAAAAUGCAGUUCAAUUCGAGUUUACGACCUUUAUUUCUUUCCUUUUGACUUGAAAAAACGUCUAGAAAACAAUAUUUUACUAAUUGGAAACCGAUGUUUACAGAAUUUAGAGUUUUUCAUGUUCUUAGCGCCUUUUUCGCAUUUCGUCAAAACUUCAAACCUUUAUAUUUCAGCCAAUUUUGCAUUUCAUGAGCACAACGAACGAUAAAAAUGUUCGCUGAAUCUUUCUUCACAAAAUUCAGGUUCCGGCGGUUAGUUUUCUUGAGCAGUUUUCGAAAACGAUUCGAAAAACAUCAAAAUCGAGGCCAAAACCUUCAAAUCGAAAUAACUCGGCUAAUUCUCAACGAUAUGUGAGAUUUCUGUUACCAAAACGUAGCUAGUGCUCUAAUUAUUCGAAUCCAGGUUCCAGGCGUACAAAAAAUAGGUGUAUUGUGCAGAAAACACAAAGAACGCGAACUCUCGUUGAAAAUUAAUUAAUUGGCCGCCGCGUAAAUCGACACAGCCCGCCUGUUGCAAGUGCGCCCCAUUGAAAUCAUUCUCGCUGUGGGAGACCGUGGCGGCUUUCUUUUUCUGCGUUUUUGCCGUAAGAUGUAGUGUUUUUACGAAAUUUCCACGAAAUUUGAGCAUAUUUCAUAUUUCAGGCGCUGUCGUACCAUCCGGGCGGUCACUAUUCGGUGCACUACGACUACCUCACGUAUCUGACCGAAUCGCAGUACGAUUGGUGGAUGCGAACGCAUCGCAACCGAGUGGCCACACUCAUUUUCGUGCUCCAAACCGCCGAGCACGGAGGCGGUACUGUGUUCCCGAGCAUCGGCACCACAGUACGCGUCAAUGCCGGCGACGCGUUUCUUUGGUUCAAUGCGGGCGCCGAUGAGUCGCAGGUGAGAAAGAUUUUGCGGAAAAUUGGGUUCAUAAGCUAGUACAGGCCGGGAAAACGAAAUUUCCAGUCUAUAAUUUCUAAAAGUGAGAAAAAGUCACGAUUCUCCCUCUGCUUUUCAAAAUUUGUACUCAAAACGAAUGGAAAAUCGAAAAUCAACAAUCGUUUUUCCAGCAAAAUGUUUUUUUUCCUGUUAACUAGUAUCGUUCUCUGGCGAAUGAGCCCAUAAGAGAAGAGCACAGUAACCGCCCGAUUUUUUGCAGGAAAUGCUGAGCAACCACGGCGGAUGUCCGAUCUACGCGGGCCGGAAAGUGAUCACAACUCUGUGGAUCCGAGCCAAGGAUCAGCCGAUCCUUCCGAUGGCCUCCACGGACCAUCCGAUCCACGCCUCCUGGCUCAUUCCCUCAUUUUCGGAGCCAAUCCGUUCGGAAUUACCCAGCCAGUGCCCAAUUUCCGUCUAA